UACAUAGGAAGCAAGAAUGAGAGUCACACAAUAAGAUAAGGCUAAAUAUCAAACAGAAAUAUUAUCAAAUAUUCCAUUUUUCAACUUAUCACAAUACAAACACACUUAACAAUUAUUAACUUCAGCUCAUUGUGAGUGAGAUAUGGCAAAAUCUGGAAAUUUGGUAUCCCAAAGAAGCUUAAGCUCAAUAUUCAAUCCAUGUCACACUGCUGCUAAGGUCAAAACCUUCAUGUUGCUCUCUCAGUUUCACACUAACAAUAAUUCUAGUGUUAGUGUAACUAUCACUGCUUCUACCAUAAGAAAGGAUAACUACUCUCCAUUGAUUGGCAAGAACACGAGUAGGGCAACCCGCCGUUUGAUCACAAUAUCACCAGCUGACGGAAAAUAUCAAGGAGAAUGGACAAGUAAUCAUCAUGUAUCUUUGAGAGACCUACAUUUACAGGAUUUGAUUGAAGUUGAAGAAGAUCCACGCAAGAAUGCACAAGUAGUCGUCAAUCUCUCGGUCCAAAAGCAUGCUAGCUUUGGUUUAUCAGUAGAUGCAAGAAUCACCACAUCCUUCACUUCAAAGUGCAGCAACUGUGCUUCCCUAUAUUGCAGACAGAUUGACGCAAAAUUUAACGUAUGGGUUCUUAGGGAUACAACUAGAGAAAAACGUAAGACACCGCUACCUGAAAUUGGAGAUGACCCUUAUGUGAUAUAUACCAGACCAGGAUUCGAAGUUGAACUUGAUUCUAUUGUACACGAUGCAAUCAGGCUAAACUCUGCAAUAAACGACACAUGCUCGGAGUUGUGCGAGAAAUCCGAGGGUACUACUAUAGAAUAUACAGAUACAAUUGGACAAAGUCAGGCUUCUUUUGAUAAACGAUGGUCGAAACUAUUGGAGCUCAAGAAAGCAGUUUUAUGAUUCAUGGCAAUACGAAGAAUUUAGUGUAUAGAAUAAUUGUCAGGUUACAUAUAUAUAGAUUGUGUGCAUAAUAAUUCAAUGAUGAACAAUAUUCUCCGUUUCGAAAUGUAGACCAUUACCAAUGAAUACUUGGAUAAUCUAUUUUCCUUAAAUUUGCAUA